AUGUGCAGGAAAGCAACAGAGAGUAGAAGCGAAAGAGGCUUGAAUGACUUGCUUACUUCAAAAUUCUCAAGGUUCCAAGGUCCCUUCUGGUUAUUCCAGAUGUGGCUUAAAGUGUAUUUCCAAAGUAGAACUUCACCACUAGCCAUUCAAACUGGAAAAUCUCUCAUGUGCUACUCUUUGGCAACAGCGGACCCUUCUCCUUUCAGUUUUGCUGAAAACUUCAAAUAUUUCAACAACCAAUAUGAGACUGAUGAGGAAGAAGAAAUACUCGAGGAGAGCGAGGAGGAUGAAGGUAGAGAAAAGACUACUGCAAUGUCCAACAAAAUUGAAGGAGUGGCCGAAAGUGGUGAUAUGGCUUUCCCAAGCAGUGGGGCAGCCAGUUCCAUCUAUAAAUACCUUGUGAAGCUGUUAAAGAGAACAGUGGGAGAAAAGGAAGCAAAGGCUCUUCUAACAUGGAAAGCUAACCUUGACAAUGAAAGCCAGUCUCUCCUGUCUUCUUGGGUUGGAGGCAGCCCUUGCAAAUGGGCCGGAAUCAAUUGCAGCAAGUCAAGAAGCAUCACAAGUUUAAACCUUUCAAGUUAUGGUUUGAAAGGUUCCCUCCAUAGUCUCAACUUUUCAUCCUUUGCCAACUUACACAGUCUUGACCUUUUUAAUAAUUCACUCUAUGGGACCAUUCCAUCACAUAUCAGAAACCUCUCCAAACUUCGUUAUCUUCGCCUUUCUUUAAAUCAAAUCUCUGGGAGAAUUCCAUCUGAAAUGGGCCUACUCGCAAGUCUAACAAUCUUUUACCUCUCCAGAAACCUCAUCAGGGGUUCUAUACCACAAGAAAUAGGAAAUUUGAGCUCGCUUACUGAGCUCUCAUUGUACCAGAACAAUCUUAGAGGUGUAAUCCCUGCUUCCAUUGGAAACUUGGAAAAGUUGACCAUACUAUACCUCUCUCAAAACCAACUUUCUGGACCAAUUCCUUCCAAUGUAGGAAACCUGACAAAGCUCAUCAAAUUCACCCUCCAAGAAAAUCAGUUAUCUGGCUUCAUUCCUGCAGAAAUAGGAAAGCUGAAAUCCCUCUCUCUUCUAAGAUUGUUCAGCAACAAAUUAACUGGUUCAAUACCACAAGAAUUAAAUAACUGGACUUAUUUGAAUGUGUUGCAUAUAGGUGACAACAUGCUGUCUGGGUAUCUGCCACAAAAUAUAUGCCUCUCGGGGAUACUUGAAAACUUCACCAUUUAUAACAACAAUUUUGUGGGUCCUGUUCCAAGUAGUCUGAAAAACUGCACUAGCUUGGUUAGAGUGAGGUUUGAAAGCAACCAACUAACUGGAAAUAUAUCAGAAGACUUUGGCAUAUAUCCGAAUUUGAACUUCAUUGACUUGAGUAAUAAUAAAUUGUAUGGAGAACUUACUUCUAAUUGGGGAAAGUGUCAAAGCUUAAGAAGCUUGAAAAUCUCCCACAACAAUAUUUCUGGUAGAAUACCAGCAAAGUUUGGGGAGUCAAUUCAAACACUUGACCUCUCAUGUAAUCAUAUAGAAGGAGAGAUUCCCAGGGAAUUUGGUUGGUUGACUUCAUUAUUCAAUCUAACUUUGAGCAAUAACAGACUUUCAGGCAAUGUUCCAUCAGAAAUUGGAAUGCUUUCUGACUUGGAAUAUCUUGACUUGGCUGAAAAUAAUCUGAGUGGUCUGGUUCCCAAGGAAAUACUGAGUAAUUGCAUUAGACUGAUAAACUUGAAUUUGAGCAUUAAUAGAUUUGAGGGAAGUAUUCCCUUUGAGAUCAGUACUUUGUUCCCACUUCAAUAUCUCGACCUUAGUCAGAAUUUAUUUUUGGGAGAAAUACCACCACAGCUCGGAACAUUGAGCCGCUUAGAAAUAUUGAAUCUUUCCCACAAUGAGCUCUCUGGUUCCAUUCCGGAAACUUUCAACGAAAUGUUAAGCCUAACAUCUGUUGAUAUAUCCUACAAUCGGUUGGAGGGCCCUCUUCCAAGCAACAAAGCCUUUUGUGAUGCUCCUACAGAAGCAUUUACAAAUAAUAAAGGCUUGUGUGGUAACAUUACUGGUCUAAAGUCCUGCCCCUCAAUGAAGAUCCACAAGGCAAAAGGUAAGAAUGGUCGCUUGAUCUUGAUAGCGGUCUCUUUCUUGGGAAGUUUGGUUUUUCUUUUUAUCAUUGCUGGUGUUUUAUCUUUCGUUUGGCUGAGAGUGAGGAACAAAGGAAAAACCGAGCCAGAAGAUGCACAGAAUGAUAAUUUGUUCGCAGUAUUGAACUAUGAUGGAAAGCUGGUAUAUGAGAAGAUCAUUGAAGCGACAGAGAACUUCAACUCCAAAUAUUGCAUUGGAGAGGGUGCCUUUGGAAGUGUAUACAGAGCUGAGCUGCAAAACGGUCAAGUUGUUGCUGUGAAGAAACUUCGAGCAGUAGAGGAUGAUGACAGGAUGGCCAGUUUGAAAACUUUUACUUGCGAAAUUCAAGCACUAACAGAAGUACGACAUCGCAACAUUGUGAGGCUCCUAGGUUUCUGUUUGCAUACGCGACACGCUCUUUUGGUUUAUGAGUUCAUGGAAAGGGGAAGCUUGGAAAGUAUACUAACCGAUGAUCAAGCAGCGAUGAAGUUUGGAUGGAGUAAGAGGGUAAAUGCUAUCAAAGGUUUGGUUAAUGCUUUAUCUUACUUGCACCAUGACUGCUCACCUCCAAUAAUUCAUCGAGACAUAUCCAGCAAGAAUGUUUUGUUAGAUUCAGAGCAUGAGGCAAUCCUCUCUGAUUUUGGCACAGCUAGACUUUUGAACCCUGACUCAUCCAACUGGACCUCAUUUGCAGGCACCAUUGGAUACACUGCUCCAGAGCUUGCUUCCACAAUGGAAGUCAAUGAAAAAUGUGACGUGUAUAGCUUUGGAGUGGUGACAAUGGAAGCACUUCUUGGAAGCCAUCCUGGAGAUUUCGUCACAUUUUUAUCAACAUCGACGUCAUCAUCAACUGCCGGUCAUACACUGCUGAAAGAUGUAUUGGACCAGCGUCUCUCACAGCCGAUCAAUGAAGUUGCAGAGGAUGUGGUGUUUAUGAUGAAGCUAGCUCUUGGAUGCCUGCUAUCCAGUCCACAAUCUCGGCCAACCAUGCAACAAGUUUCUCAACAGUUAUCAGCUCAAAAGCUGCCUUUACCAGAGGUGUUCCACAUGAUAACAUUAGGACAACUGUUUGAUUUCAUGUAA